ACGGCUGCUGCGAAAACCCGCGGAAACUCCCCAGGGGCGAGUGCAAAGUGAGCAACGGCGAUCGGAAAAUCCAACGGUCGGCUGCGUCUGUCGCCGUUUGGCGGUUCGAUUGUGGCAGAGGGAAGGGUGCUGGAAACUGUCGCCUAUUGCACCAGAAAUUACUGAUGAGAUGUGAGUUUCAAGUGGAGUAGUUAGCGUGUCCACAACUCAAUGCCUCUUUGUCCGACAAAUCACCAACUGGAUGGACUUACACCCUGGUCUCUUGGUUGAAGAUGUAUGGAUUUAUUAACACAUGUUUGAAGUCUUUGAUCAUAGAAACAUUUGGAGAAGAAACAUGGGAGAAAUUGAGAAUAGCAGCUGGAGUGCCAGACACUUUUAUGAAUUUUAAGGUUUAUUCCGAUGACAAUACAAUGCGGGUGGUAGAGGAAGCCUGCAAGUUAUUAGAUAUGAAACCGGAUACGUUGCUGAAAAAAUUUGGGGAGUAUUUUUUUGAAUUUUGCAAAAGAUCUGGAUAUGAUCGUAUGCUCCGUACUCUGGGAGGUAACCUGAUGGAGUUCAUCGAGAAUCUUGAUUUUUUACACCGUUACCUUUCAUUGUCAUAUCAGGAGAUGAAUGCACCAUCCUUCAGGGUAGAAAGAAAUGAAGACAAUUCCAUGCUACUGCAUUAUUACUCUGACAGGAGAGGACUGUAUCACAUUGUCCCUGGGAUAAUCGGAGCAGUAGCAAUGGACUUUUUUAACAGUGAAAUCACAAUGGAGGUUGUGACCCAAAUGGAAGGGGAAGAGCGAACGGGUAAAAAGGAGCAUGUUGUUUUUCUGGUUACUCAGAAACCAGUACAUUCAAAGAAACAACACUGCAAAUUGUCUGCUACCCCACAGCAUCUGGCUGAUACGCACAAACAAAAUGAAAAACAGUUAAAUAAAAUGGAAAUAGAAAGAGCAAUGAACAGGGUUACAAACAAAACUUGUUGUAGCUCUGGAUGCCCUGUCAAGAAAAGCCACUGGGAUACAAUUCGUGGGAUUGUCAGAUUGGGAAAAGGAAGACUGUUACGAGGCUUUGAACCAGUUUAUCCUGACAAACUAUGGAUAGAGAUAAGAACAUUUUGUAAUUCUUUUCCUUUUCACAUUGUCUUCAACCAGGAGCUUAGAGUAAAACAAGCAGGGACAAGUAUACAGAAGAUAGUCCCAGGUCUUCAAACAAUGGACAUCCAACUUGAUGCAUAUUUCACCAUUGUUCAUCCGGAAGUAACAUUCAAAAUUUCAAGCAUACAGAAAUUCAUUAAUAGCCCAUUUCUGUUAAGAACAAAACGGGAAAUGAUGCCGGAAUCAUGGAAGCAUCGUCCAAUGCUAGAACUAAGAGGUCAAAUGGUGUGGAUGGAACAUUUUCAAUGCAUGUUGUACCUAUGCUCUCCUCUGUUGCGCAGUUUACAGGAGCUUGAAGAAAGGCAUAUGCACAUUUCAGAUAUUGCCUCGCAUGAUGUGACGAGGGAUCUUAUUCUUCUGAAUCAGCAGAGACUUGCUGAAAUGGAAUUAUCCAAUCAGCUUGAGAGAAAGAAAGAAGAACUGCGAAUUCUCUCCAAGCAUCUAGAGGAAGAAAAAAAGAAAACUGAAGCCUUGCUAUAUGCAAUGCUACCAAAACAUGUGGCUAACCAGCUCAAAGAAGGCAAAAAAGUUGAGGCAGGUGAAUUUAAAGAGUGCACCAUACUGUUCAGUGAUGUUGUGACCUUUACUAGUAUUUGCGCUCAAUGUGAACCAAUUCAAAUAGUGGUUAUGCUCAACACCAUGUACCUGAAGUUUGACAGAUUAACCACAGUCCAUGAUGUUUACAAGGUAGAGACAAUAGGAGAUGCUUAUAUGGUGGUUGGAGGAGUUCCUGUACCAGUUUCUUCACACGCUGAAAGGGUAGCAAAUUUUAGCUUGGCAAUGAUCAUAGCAGCUAAAGGUGUAACAAAUCCUGUAACUGGAAAACCUAUCCAGAUAAGAGUUGGAGUAACAACAGGCCCAGUCCUAGCUGGAGUGGUUGGGGAAAAGAUGCCUCGAUACUGCCUUUUUGGAGACACAGUCAACACAGCUUCCAGAAUGGAAAGCCAUGGAGUGCCAAACAAAAUCCACCUCAGCCCCAGUGCUUUCCGUGCGCUCAAAGAUAAAAGCUUUGAGAUACACGAAAGAGGUGAGAUUGAUGUCAAAGGGAAAGGGAAGAUGUGCACAUAUUUCCUCAUUAGAAAUUUGAUGGCAUCAGAAAAUGAAAUCCUGGGAAGGCCACAAAGAGAAUCAGAUUCUAGCCAAGACUCUGUGUUGUCCCUCUAUGAAUCCAACACAGAAGGUGCCAAUCAUAAAGAUGCCAAAUGUAGUGAAUCCCAGGUUCGACAAUCUACAAUUAUAAUGAAAUACAAUGAUACACCCAAGGAUGUCCCCGAAAACAAUUAUCCAAAAAUAAAACACAUAACAGGAAGGACACGUGACUCAGAAAGUUAUGGGAGCUUCCACAGUGACCAUAUUACUCAGCAGCCAGGUGAUGUUGAUCAACUUCCAAAUGAUCAUAAUGAACAAGCAAUGCAGAACCCCAAUCAGAAGAAAGUUAAAUCAAACUUUUGCAUUUUACAAUAAAUGCUCUGAAUAAGAACAAAAAAGACUACUGGUUCUUAGUUUUCACAAAGCUAUGUGUUGUGUUAAAUAGUCAGUCUAAUUAUUCCAAAUGUCAAACAGAAAAUGGAUCAUAAUGUACAAAUUCAAGACUACAGUUUUAACAUAUUGUGAAAUAACGUUAGCUAAAAAAAUGAAUUAUUUUUAAUGAACACCACAUUUUGACACUGUGUGAAAAUUUAUUUAAUGUAAUACACAAUAGUUAUAUUUCAAAAAUCCACAGAUUGCCACUGCAAUGGAAUUUUGAAAUUUUAUUUUUAGGA